UAAGUUAACAAUAACACAUGCUAGCCUUCAAGGGAUGACACAUGAGAAAAUCACACAAAGAGAUACCAGCCACCAAACUUUGCUGAAAUCAGGGUGUGAAGAUCGAGCAGAUUCAGCAAAGAGGAAUCCGUGGUCCAAUGGACUGACUAAUGGAUGAACAUCGUGAGAACCUUCAUCAAGCUCAGAAAAAUGAAGGAAAGAAAUAUCCCAAAAUAUACACAAAGACUGGUGAUAAGGGGAUGUCAUCAACCUUCACAGGAGAAAGAAGACCAAAGAAUGACACAAUAUUUGAAGCUUUAGGAGCAACAGAUGAGUUGUCCUGUGCUAUAGGUUUGGCUGCUGAAUACUGCAAAGAAGCUGCUAUACCUGUUGUAUCUGAGCUAGAACAAAUCCAGUGUGUGCUACAGGAUAUAGGGUCAUGUGUGGCCACACCCAUUUCUUCUGCCAGGGAGUCCCAUCGAAAGCUGACAGGAUUCAGUGGAGAGAAUGUGACAGACCUAGAAAAAUUGAUAGAUGAGUAUACUGCAGAUUUACCUCCCCUGGAAAACUUCAUUAUUCCUUCUGGUGGCAAAUCCUCGUCUUCGUUACAUCUGGCCAGAUCUAUUUGUCGGAGAGCAGAAAGAAGUGUUACGCCUCUAGUAAAAAGUGGAGAAAUGGAUGGAGAACCACUUCAAUAUCUCAACAGGUUGAGUGAUUUCCUUUUCACUGUCGCGAGAUAUUCAGCCAAGAAGGAAGGAAAGGAUGAAAUUAUUUACAGACGAAUCCAUCCUGCUGAAGCAGAGGAUAAAUAAUUAAAGAAACAUAAACAAUUCAUUCUGUUUGGUCUCCAUUAAAAGUGUUGUGCUCAGAUGUGUCGAUGAUUCUGAUUGGUUUCUUGUCUCGAGUUAUAACAACAUCGACUGUAAUAUCUAUUUUCAUUGGGCCACCUCGAGAACUGUGUCCGAGACAAUGCACAUCUCCUGAUAUCAUUUUUACAUGAGCAUCUUUCUAGAUUUGAAUAUGAUCCGAGGUCAAAAUGAUAUUUGAGAGCCCGAGUGACAAGAAAUUCAUCAUGUUAAUUUCAAUUUAACCACCAAAGUGAGCUAAUAUUAUAUUAUCUGUCCAGCAUUCAUAAACUGAAUUUAAACAAACUUUUGAUGACAGUUUGAGUUCCAGAGUGGCAGCCCUAAUUUAUGUAGAUUGCAGCGGAAAUAGAGUUCAAAUAUAGACAAUAUCAUCAGGACAUUGACAAAAUCAAUGAAUAUAAAGCGGGGUCGGGUAUCACUGAACACUUAGGGGGAAAACCUACUAACAACAAAGAAGUGUGUUUUACGCUCUCCAACUUGUAUGGUAACAUAUCUUAAGUAUAAGGCGUUAUUUCUACCAAUAUUGGGUUUGAAUUGGAGGGAGAUAUAACAUCACUGUAAGGUGCGUUCUAUUAUUUUACAUAGUUACUGAACCAGUCAACGAUUAAUGAACACCAUGGAGGGUAUUACUGAACACUUCUUUUAUUUCUUAUGAAAUAUCUAUCAAAGGUCUAUAAAUUGAAUCAAACAUAUCUUAAAUGAAAAUUG